AUGCAAUCCAUCGUCGUAUUAUCGCUGUUGGUUCUUACUGUCAGUGUUCUUUCAAAACCACCUCCACCGGGCGCACCACCAGGCCCGCCACCUGGAGGAAAUGGUACUGCUCCAUCAGGUCCGCCACCUGGAGGAAGUGGUGGUACACCACCAAGUCCGCCACCUGGAGGAAGUGGUGGUACACCACCAAGUCCGCCACCUGGAGGAAGUGGUAGUACACCACCAGGCCCGCCACCUGGAGAAAAUAAGGGUGGUCCACAAGGUCAACAAAAAAGCGGUCGUAAGCAACGUUCAUUCUUAUGGUAUUAG